UUGCGAGCAGCAGUGAGUGGCGACAUCACCUCACCCUGUUCAGUAGGGGACAGCAACUUGGAAGUGAGUGUGGUUUGCUUUGCGUCUGUUUUUGCCUGCAGUGAAUGCACGAGGGUUAAUUUUUAAGGCGAAGAAAGGACUUCAUUUUCAUCAGGGGUGUAAGUGGCUGGGUGUCGUCCCACUGAAGAUGAGGGGGAGUGGAUGUUAGGACUCCUGGAGCAGCAACAUCAUCUCCUCUUUCCUGGUGGCUGCCGUCUGCGGGGGAACAAUGACAUCUCACUCUUUGCACAUGUGGACUCCUACAUCUUCAGUUGACCUUUAGUAGGAGAGCGCCCACGUUCAUCUGGCACCACGGAGCCGAGGGUCCCGGAGUUCACAGCAUAAAGAAAGACCCUGGAGAUGCUAGAAACUUCAAGCUCCAACCAAGAUGGAGCCAAUUAGAAAAGACAUGGAGCUGCUCAGUAACAGCAUGGCAACAUACGCUCACAUCAAAGCCAACCCAGAGAGCUUUGCCCUCUACUUCAUGAUGGGCGUCUGUUUUGGUCUGCUCAUGGCGCUGUGCCUCUUGGUGGCCGGCAUCACCUGCAGGUCUCGCCGCCGCAUCGGCAGGCCAGCUUCAUCACCUGAGAGGAGGCAGCUGAAAGAGUCCAGCGAGGAGGAGGAGGUGGAGGACGAGAGCAUAGCGGAGGAAGAGGAGGAACAGAGCCACAAAAUGACUCUUGUGCCGAUGGACGAGCGCAGCACCAAGUCCAACGGCACACUGAAGAGCGUCAAUGUGUUUGCCUCGGUCGAAGAGCUGGAGAAGGCCCGACGUCUGGAGGAGAGGGAGCGUAUCAUCAGGGAGAUAUGGAGGAACGGACAGCCCGACAUCCUGGUCACCGGGACCGGAACAAUUGGACGGGUCCAUUACCACUAGUGUCCUACACCUAAAUCCGAACAAUAGAAUGCUGCAGAUGUGAACAUAAAAGUGAGCACUUUUUUGUUCACUUUGACCAUGAUGACCAGGGGGUGGAGCCUGAGCCCUGCCGAAGCCCAGAGUGUGGGGAGCAAUAAAUGUGUUAUUAUUAAUGCAGGUAGCACUGCAACACACACACACACACACCACCUCUACAACUUCACCAAGCAAUAAAGUAUGCGCCCAUUAUCAGAAACUAAUGCUUAACUAAUGCUAAUCUAUGCAUCCACCAAAACUUAAUGCAGCUCUCUAUAUACCUUUUGGCUUUGACUUAAUACCAGGGUGGGGGCGGGGGUCACACCAAUGGUAGAUGUGGCUGUUUCUGUAUGAAAGUGCCUCUGCAUGAUAGUGUUUCAGCAAGUGUAGUCACUUGAAAGUGGCUCUGAAUCUUCACCCAGCCUUGCUGAUCAUAUCAUGGGCAGAGAAUCUCGGGCCACAGCCCGAUUGUGUAAAUCAGGAAGACUGAUGAUAAUUUAACAUCAUAUGCUGUUCUGUGGCUAUUUUCAUGGUUAUAUUAACCUCAUUGUGUUACACCGUCGUCUAUCAUAAUGUCCGUAGUCCCAAAUAAAGCAAUGUUUUGUUU